UGCCCAAUUCGUAGCGCACCACCGCCGCCGAAGCGCUGCGCCGACCAUCUCAGGUGGGCGGCCGCCCUCGCCUCGCAACACAAUGCCACUCUCCUGCUCACCGUCGACCACAACCAGGCCACCGGCUGCGCCAACUUCACCACCCUCCAGAAGGCGAUCGACGCCGCGCCCAACUACUCCCUCGCCCGCACGCUCAUCGCCGUCGACACCGGCCUCUACAGAGAGAAGGUGGUGCUCUGGCCCAACAAGACGGCCGUCACGCUGCACGGCCGCGGCAACCUCAACACCACCGUCGCCUGGAACGCCACCUCCAACUCCACCGGCGGCAGCACCAUCUACAGCGCCACAUUCACCGUCCUCGCGCCAGGCUUCGUCGCCUACAACAUCACCUUCCAGAACGCGGCGCCCCCGCCCCAGCCCGGAGACGCCGGCGGCCAGGCGGUGGCGCUCAGGGUGGUCGCCGACGAGGCCGCCUUCCACUGGUGCGGGGUGUACAGCGCGCAGGACACGCUGCUGGACGAGUCCGGGCGCCACCUCUUCCGUGGCUGCUACAUCGAGGGCUCCAUCGACUUCAUCUUCGGCAACGCUCGAUCGCUCUACGUCGGCUGCACCAUAAGCUCCGUGGCCACGGCGACCUUCUCCGCGGGGACCGUGACGGGGAGCGUGACGGCGCAGGGGCGAGCGUCGGCCACGGAGAGGACGGGGUUCGCGUUCGUGCGGUGCAGCGUGGUGGGGACGGGGCAGGUGUGGCUGGGGAGGGCGUGGGGGCCCUACGCGGCGGUGCUGUUCGCGGAGACGUACCUGGGCGACGUGGUGGCGGCGGAGGGGUGGAACGACUGGGGCGACCCCGGGCGGCGGCAGCAGGUGUGGUUCGCCGAGUACGCGUGCUGGGGCCCCGGCUCCGGUACCACCGGCAGAGUGGCGUACGCGCGGCAGCUGGAGGAGCGCCAGGCCGCGCCCUUUAUGGACGUCUCCUACAUCGACGGCAACCAGUGGGCGCUGCCGCCGCCGCCGCUUCCUCUGCCGCCAACGCCUCCAGUCUUACUUAUAUAA